CCUGCUAGCUUACAAUCUCCACCAGGUGGGAGAGUUGGUACGGAACCUGUGUGAGGCAACAGAGCCUCGUCACCAGUGUGGAACCCAGAGGAGUGGAAUACCCGUCCUUGGCUAACUUCUCAAAUGAGUUCACAUGAGCGUCUCUUGCUGUCACUCCCAUGCAUAAAUUCCAUCUCUGCUCAGGUGAUUCUGACAGCCAUGAAAUUACUCCAGGUGUUAGAAUCAUCAUUCCCUCAGCUAAGAAACACACUGCCUUGGAUACCAAACAAAGUCGUUAUGAUGCUUUUCAAGUUUGUACAUGGUGAACAAGUGACUGACAUUAAAAUUGGAAGGCACUAUUGUGGAAGCUGUAAAGUAUUAUUAGAUCAGAAAGACAAUAAUAUCCAACAUAAACCAAAGAUGGUGGAAGGUGCAGAUCAAAGUGAAAUCAAAGAUCCAGAUUUCCUUAAUCACUCCAUUUUCAACCCUGAAAAAGGUCAUAUGAAUAAAACAGCUUGUACGCAUCUGGAAGAUGAAAUAGUGAAUUGUUGUGAUGAAGAAGAAAAACUGGUGCCCUCCUUUCCUUCCGACUCCUUACCAGACAAAGUUUCCUUGUUUAGUAAUGUAAAUUGGGAAGGCCCAUCUAGUGCAGUGGUCUCUGCUGACCCAUACUUGGAUAUAAACAAAAUUCCAGUUGUUCCUUCCAAAAAACACAUUAAAAACUGCAGUACUACUCAUACUGAAACAAACACUUCGGCUGCUAGUACAAGCAGAUAUAGUUCUUCAUAUCCCAAUGAAUCAUGUGAAUCAAUCUCUGGAUCAUCAGGUUUAUAUACAGUCUUAGGUGCUGACCUCAAAAACCCAUCAAAAGAUCUGUUCAGUCCCUACAAAUACUUGAAUUUUAUGGAACAUGACAAGAGGACUGAUGCACAGUUACCACAACAGUAUCAGCCAGAUCAAUACCAACAGCCACCAUCACCACCACCACAAUAUAUGCAACCAUUACAACAGUAUCAUCAGAUUCCACAAUCUCGACAAACCUGGCAUCCUUCUCCACAAUUUUUACAGAAACAAGAAUGCCAUGAUUCCAGGAGGGAUGGACACAUUCAUAUAGUAUCCCCUUAUUUUCCUACCUUCCAUGAUUUUCAAAUUAAUUCUCAGCAAUCAGAAACACUACCUCAACAGUGCUAUCACCAGAAACAACCUCAACCUUUAACUACUCAUUUUCAGCCUCAGACUAAGAGUGAGGCCUUAAGACCUGCAACAUUACUGCAUCCCAACAAUAGUAAAAGUUAUCCUGUGCCUAUGCCAAACACUCAGCAGUAUCAACAAGGAUGUCUGCAACAGUUGUGCAGUAAUAAGACCUUUGACACGGUUGCACCACAUCAGUGGCACGAUGUUAUAAAUGAAUCAGUGUCUCCUCAACUACCUGUUCAACAGUCAGAGGUAGACUAUGACUUUUCAAACACCUGCAACUAUUCAACAAAUCAGGCUAAAAGUAUAAGGCCAUGGAACAGGUCUUCAGAGGACAAAAGACUUCUUUACCAGAAGGUCCCAGGCUGGGGUAGCCAAACCAAAUUAGUUUUCAACACAGAUUAAAUUCAAUAUUAUGAGUUUGAGCUUAUUGUAAGAAAAGAAUUAGUUAUAUUGAUAAUUGUUUCAUAAAUGAAUAGCGGCUUACAGUGCAAUACUAAAAACUGUUACAGAUAACAGGACUGGCACAAUCCAGGAAUGAAGAAGAAUGCCAUGCAAGUUUUUAAUAUUACUACACCAGUGUCAUAUCUGGUAUAAGCACAAGGACAACCACAAUCAAGAAAGGAAAUGCAAAAAUGUUCUUUUACAUUGCAACAUUAAAAUUUUUCUACUUUUUAAGUGACACUUAGAUUCCCCAUUAUACUUGCUUUUCUGUCAAUAUUUCUAUCAUUAAGUCAUCUCACUAGCAAGGAAGAAGUGAUUCAGUACAACCACCAUAACAAUGUUGUGUUAAUUUGUCAUAAAAUUAGGCUAGGAGAACCACAUUUCAUUUUACUCAUAUGUAGAAUCAUCUAAAGGAUAGAUCAUUAACUGAAGGAUGUAUGUACAAGUUUCAUGGAUAUGUCAAUUAAAAUGUCUCAAAUUUUAAGAUAGUGUGACACAGCCAUGUGCUGCUGUAAAUAAAAGUUUGUUUUACAAUUAAAAGAAAACCAUAUCAAA